CGUCGUCCUGUCGAGCGGGUCAGCUGGGAUAGGAUGGUACCCAGAAGCCACUCCGGCCUCCAGUUUCUCUUCUGUCUCCUGUCCCUUAAAAGGUUUGGGGACUAGGCAGCUACUCGGUGCAGCGUUCGCCUCUCCCCUCCGGCUUGCCCUCGCCCCUCACCUCUUCACGUCCGAGUCGGGCGCCCGGGGUCCAAAGUCUGGAGAAGCGGUGACUGGCUACCUGGUGGAAUCUAGUAGUGAGUUCUUCGGUUUUGGAGCUACUUAAAGCAAAAGCUGGAGUUUGGCAGUGGUAGAAACGACCUCUAGACUGGAUGGUAUAGCAGAUAAUCUUCAAAGACCCCUUCUCACCCUGCAAAGUAGGAAGCUGCUGGAACGCUGGCCUGCGACGUUUCACAAGGCCGGCACUUCCCUCUCAAAACUGAACGGGACACUGUGGCGGCUGAUGUUCAGCUCUGGGUUUCUAUCUCCAGGGUUCACCACGCCUGCGCCUAAUCUGCUCCAGAGGUUCCUAAUAAAAGUACGGUCUACGUCACCCACCCAUAAUCGAGAAAAAUUUGCCAACUAUAAUCCUGUAGAGACGCUAAUUUGAAUCAGAAAAAAAAAAAAACGAGGCGUAAGAGUCAAGAUUUAUUGCUCUCUACGGUUGCGGAGGGGACUUCCCCAGAAACUUGACGAAGAUGAAGUGCUAAGACCGCUCAGUGGAUUUUUAAAAGUACCACUGGAGACCGUGUUCUAAGAGCUGGGAGCCAGUCGGAGUGACAGCGAAGCCAUGGAAGCAGCUGGGAAAGAGGAAAUCAGAAACAUUCCUGGAAAGUUGGCUUUUGUUGGCGUUGUUCGAGCCGCAAAGAGUCAGACCAUGAGAAUGCAGUUAAGUGAACGAAGAGGGCUGCAGCUCACAAGGUGAAACAGCAGCUUGCCUCUGUUGCCCAAGUCUUUUAUUGAAGCGGUGCACAAUGCAAGCAUGAGAGAUUACAACCAAGGCCUUGAAGCUGUUUUUUAGGAAUAAUAUCUUGAAAGCUUUCGUAUCUAAUCUUGAGCUUUCCCAGAGCAGAAUACUCACACCCUCGGGCGUCAAGGUUCCUGGAACAGAGGGAGCAUCGUGCUGCCUGGAUGUUAUCUCCCAUUCAGAGAACAUCGGCUCUUCCUGGGAACGUCUCCCCAGAGUUCAUUCUAAGUUCAACUUGCUCUGAGACAACAUUCUUCUUCACAGGCUUUAAAGAACAUUGACCUCUAGAUUGUCAGCAUUAUCUUAAAAAGCAAAAGAUCUUCUGCAUUUGUUUCUACUCUUAUUCUAGCACCUUGCAUAUAUAUUCAUCAGCUUGUAUUGACUGGUUGCUGGUUAGGCUCUUGCAAAAAGCAGUGCUUUAUGUCUUGUGCAGAGCCCAACACCCAGUGGAAGUAUAUUCUGAAAAUAUUUUAUCCAUUAAAUUGUGUUGAAGAUGAAGCUGUGGAUAAAGACAGUUUCAGAGACUGCAGCAAGAUUGCUUUCUACAGGCGUCAGAAACAACAGCUUUCCAAGAAUUCCACCUAUCGGGCAUUAUUAGACUCAGUCACAAUAGGCAGAGAGAGCACCACUUUCCAAAUCAUCAAUGAAGCAACUAAGCAUCCUCUCCUGGCUGAAGUUUAUGGUAUAGAGAGAAACAUUAUCAGGCUUAAAAUCAAUGAAGAGACUCCAUUGAAACCCAGGUAUGAGGUUUCUGAUGUCCUCGUUGGCAAGCUGAGCACUGUAAGGCUGAUUUCAUGCUCAGGGGAUACAGAAAGUCUGAUACUUUCCGAUGGAAAAGGAGAUCUAAAGUGUCAUAUCACAGCAAACCCUUUCAAGAUAGACUUGGUAUCUGAAAAAGAGGUUAUAAUGAGCAUAAAUUCCCUGGGCCAAUUAUACUUUGAGCACCUGCAGAUUCCUGAAAAGCAAAGAACUACCAAAGAAAAUGAGAAGAGUACAUCAAUUGACACCUCUCAGGAAGAUCAAGAGGAUCUAGGCCUGUGGGAAGAGAAAUUUGGAAAUUUUCUUGAUGUCAAAGCUAAUGGUCCUGCCUCCAUUGGUUUAGAUUUCUCCUUGCAUGGAUUUGAACAUGUCUAUGGGAUCCCACAGCAUGCAGAAUCACACCAGCUUAAAAAUACUAGGGAUGGAGAUGCUUACCGUCUUUAUAACCUGGAUGUCUAUGGAUAUCAAAUACAUGACAAAAUGGGCAUUUAUGGUUCAGUGCCUUAUCUCCUAGCCCACAAACUGGACAGGACUAUAGGCAUUUUCUGGCUGAAUGCCUCAGAAACACUGGUGGAGAUCAAUACAGAGCCUGCAGCAGAGUACACACUGACCCAAGUGGGCCCAGCUGCUGCUAAACAAAAAGUCAGAUCUCGAACCGAUGUGCACUGGAUAUCCGAGAGUGGAAUCAUUGAUGUUUUUCUGCUGACAGGACCAACACCUUCUGACAUCUUCAAGCAGUACUCAUGCCUGACAGGCACUCAAGUCAUGCCUCCUCUCUUCUCCUUGGGGUACCACCAGUGCCGAUGGAACUACGAGGAUGAGCAGGAUGUCAGGGCAGUGGAUGCCGGAUUUGAUGACCAUGACAUUCCUUAUGACGUCAUGUGGCUAGACAUAGAGCACACCGAGGGCAAGAGAUACUUCACCUGGGAUAAAAAAAGAUUCCCAAACCCCAAAAGAAUGCAAGAGCUGCUUAGGAGCAAAAAACGUAAGCUUGUGGUCAUCAGUGACCCCCACAUCAAGGUAGAUCCUGACUAUUCAGUGUACACUAAGGCCAAAGAGCAGGGCUUCUUUGUGAGAACUUGUGAAGGAGGUGACUUUGAAGGAGUGUGCUGGCCUGGUCUCUCCUCUUACCUGGAUUUCACCAAUCCCAAGGUCAGAGAGUGGUAUUCAGGUCUUUUUGCUUUCCCUGCUUAUCAGGGAUCUACGGAUAUUCUCUUCAUAUGGAAUGACAUGAAUGAGCCCUCAGUCUUUCGAGGGCCAGAACAAACCAUGCAAAAGAAUGCUAUUCAUCAUGGCAACUGGGAGCACAGAGAACUUCACAACAUCUAUGGUUAUUAUCAGCAAAUGGCUACUGCAGAAGGACUGAUACAGCGAUCUAAAGGAAAGGAGAGACCUUUUGUUCUUUCACGUUCUUUCUUUGCUGGAUCACAAAAGUAUGGUGCAGUGUGGACAGGUGACAACACAGCAGAAUGGAGUUACCUGAAGAUUUCCAUCCCAAUGUUGCUCACUCUCAGCAUUACUGGGAUCUCUUUCUGUGGAGCUGAUGUGGGGGGCUUCAUCGGGAACCCAGAAGCAGAGCUUUUAGUUCGCUGGUACCAGGCUGGGGCCUACCAGCCUUUCUUCCGUGGCCAUGCCUCCAUGAACACCAAGCGGCGGGAACCCUGGCUGUUUGGGAAGGAGUACACCCAGCUCAUCCGAGAAGCCAUCCGAGAGCGCUAUACCCUUCUGCCUUAUUUGUAUUCUCUGUUCUACCAAGCACAUGUGGCUUCUGAACCUGUCAUGAGGCCUCUGUGGAUAGAGUUCCCUAAUGAAGUAGAAACUUUUGGCAUAGAAGAUGAAUACAUGCUAGGAAGUGCCUUAUUGGUCCAUCCAGUCACAGAACCAAAAGCAACCAUGGUUGACGUAUUUCUGCCAGGAUCAAAUGAGAUCUGGUAUGACCCUAAGACAUCUGCUUGCUGGGAAGGAGGAUGUACUAUGAAGAUCCCAGUAGCCCUGGAUACUGUACCAGUGUUUCAGCGAGGUGGAAGUGUGGUGCCAAUAAAGACAACUGUGGGGAAGUCCACAGGCUGGAUGGCAGAUGCCCCCUAUAGACUCCGCGUGGCUCUGAGCACUAAGGGCUCCGCAGUGGGAGAGCUGUAUCUCGAUGAUGGCCACUCCUUCAGGUACCUCCACCAGAGGCAGUUCCUGCACAGGAAGCUUUCAUUCUGCUCCAGUGUUUUGACCAACAGUUGUGCUGACAAGAGUGGACAUUUUCCCAGCAAGUGUGUGGUGGAGCAGAUCUUGGUCUUAGGCCUCAGGAAGGAGCCAUCUUCUGUGGCCACCCACUCAUCUGAUGGGAAAGCUCAGCCAGUGGCUUUUGUGUAUUGUGCUGGCACUUCCACCUUGAGCCUGGAGAAGCUUUCCCUGAACGUUGAUACAGACUGGGAAGUCCGUAUCCAAUGAGAGAGGGGCCGGCCAUGCGCACAGGACUGACCUACACCUUUCAACCCUCGGCCUUUUUUCAGGAUUUGUGCUGCAGUCUAAUGAGCUUCCUUGGUGGAAAGUGAUCUCUCACUGGUCACUGGGGUACUAAUAAACAGUGCAUUGCACGUUUUAAGACUUGA